CAGCAACAACAGCAGCCAUAUUUAUAUAUUAGACAUUACAUUUUCAUUUCAUUGUUGACAAUAUUAUUCUUAUUAUGUCAAAUACAUUCAUUUCAUGCCAUCAUACAAUGGUUACAGGAUACAUUGUUCAAUUUAUUCAUCAUAUAUGUUGCAUGGAAUGUUGCCUAUUUCAUUCAUGAUUGGCUUGAAUAUUCGACAAAUAUUUUGCCAAAAAAUCAUCGACUAUCCGAUAUGGAUAAACGUGCUAUUUUGAUUACCGGAUGUGAUUCUGGUUUCGGUUUGUAUUUGGCACAAAAUCUUCAUCAACAAGGUUAUCAUAUUAUUGCCGGUUGUUUAUCGAUACAAUCGAUUGGUGCAAAAAAAUUAUGUGAAAAAAAUUAUGAAAAAAUUUUCAUCGUUGAAAUGGAUGUAACCAAUGAACAAAGUGUUAAUAAUGCCCGUGAACAGAUUCAAAUGUAUUUACAAUCGAAACCGGAAAUUUCACUUUGGUCUAUCGUCAAUAAUGCCGGUAUUAUGUCAUUGUGUGAAAUUGAAUUCGGUAACAUGUCAACAUUCACCAAACAAAUGGAUGUAAACGGAAUGGGUGUUGUGCUAGUGACGAAAACAUUUCUUCCACUAUUACGACAUAAUCAUUUUGGUCGAGCACGUAUUGUAAAUAUAGCUAGUUUAGCCGGACGUUUUACAAUGCCCGGUUUUGUUGCCUAUUGUAUGUCGAAAGCUAUCGUCAUUGCAUUCACUGAUGGAUUACGUCGUGAAUUAGCUAAAUGGAAUAUUGAAGUUGUAUCGAUUGAACCACAUCUUUAUCGUACAAAUCUGGUCAAUCAACAACGUUUGAUUGCCGAAUUUGAACAACAAUGGAAUCAAAGUGAAGAAUCGAUUCGAAAAGAUUAUGGCCGAUCAUAUCAUGAAGGUUUCGUACGUACAAUGACACAAGCAAUGGAUAGUGCACGUUCAGAAAUCGAACAGGUAGUUCGUACAAUGGAACGAGCGGUUACCACAACACAGGUAGAAUAUUCAUAUACGGUGGCACGUUAUUCAGAACGAAUAAGAAUCUGGUUCUGGCAAACAAUUGCACCAAUUUGUGUUAUUGAUUUUUUUAUGAGAAAAUUUCUGACCGAUUGUAAUGGACAGCCAAAAAUGUUGAAAGAAAAAAUGAUUAAUCCAAGAAAUGUUGUUGAUUAUCAUAAAUCUAAAUAAACUUUGAUCGUUUCCGUUUACAUUUUA